CAUUCACUUACGUGACCUCCUUUCGCAAAUCUCCAGCUUGAGAAGAGAAAACAAGAAAUGGUAGCUCAAGUCCACCCGCGUCAAAUUUAAUGCAUCUUACUGACUUCCCAACCAUAAAAGUUACAUACAAUUCGCUUAAUAAUCAAAUUAUUGCCUCUCAUACCGUCUUUUUAAUUGAUAGCAUUGCCGACGCACAAGUCAAAUCUUCAAUUUUUAGUAUAUAUAUCCCACAAUCCGUUCCCCAACAUUUCAUCACAUCUCAAUAUCAACAAUCAGCAUUUCCCUUCUCAAAUUGAUCGACAACACUCAACAUUUCUACACAUUUUUGGUUUUAGCUUAUAAAACCCUAUUUUUUUCUUUGGGAGUUAGGGUUUUCUGUGGUAAUUAAGAAUGGGGAAUAGUAGUAACUUGAUGAAGUUAUUGGUCGGGAUCCAAGUGUUGGUGAUCAAUGUGGUAAUACUCCUGAAUGUUGGUGGCAGUGGGGUUAGAGCACAACAAGUUCCAUGUUACUUCAUUUUUGGGGAUUCACUUGUGGACAAUGGUAACAAUAAUAACAUCAAUUCCUUGGCUAAGGCUAACUACUUGCCUUAUGGUAUUGAUUUCCCUCGUGGUCCAACUGGGAGGUUUUCUAAUGGCAAAACUACGGUCGAUGUUAUUGCUCAGCAGUUGGGAUUUAACAAUUACAUUCCCCCUUAUUCAAGAGCUAGUGGUCAAGCUAUACUAGGUGGAGUCAAUUAUGCUUCCGCAGCUGCUGGAAUUAGAGAGGAAACCGGUCGUCAAUUGGGUCAAAGGAUAAGUUUCUCGGGGCAAGUGAACAACUACAAGAACACCGUGAGCCAAAUUGUGGACAUUCUUGGAGAUGAAAACACCGCUGCAGAUUACCUGAGCAAGUGCAUCUAUUCAGUUGGUGUUGGGAGCAAUGACUAUCUUAACAACUACUUUAUGCCUCUGUUUUACUCUACUAGCAGGCAAUAUACUCCUGAGCAAUAUGCUAAUGUUCUUCUCCAACAAUACUCCCAACAAAUCACGGCCAUGCAUAAUUAUGGAGCGAGGAAGUUCGCUUUGAUUGGAGUAGGUCAAAUAGGAUGCAGUCCAAAUGCAUUGGCCCAAAACAGCCCAGAUGGUAGAACUUGCGUUGCCCGAAUCAACUCGGCCUGCAAGAUUUUCAAUACCAAACUUAAGGCCCUUGUGGACACCUUCAACAAUCAAUUUACUGACUCACAAUUCAUCUACAUCGACGCUUAUGGCAUUUUCCAAGAUUUGAUUGAUAGUCCCUCCUCUUAUGGUAACUAACUCCUCUUUAUUUCUUUUCCAUUGAAUCAAGAAAGAAAACUCAAAUAUGAAGAAAGAAAACUCAAAUUGUAGUCAUUUUGUUAGCAUCAAGUAACGUUAUGAGUACUAUGUUACUAAUGUUUUGAAUAUUUGAUUAAACAGGAUUUACGGUAACAAAUGCGGGUUGUUGUGGAGUAGGAAGAAACAGAGGCCAAAUAACAUGUCUUCCAUUACAACCUCCAUGCCGAAACAGAAACCAAUAUCUGUUUUGGGAUGCCUUUCAUCCAACCGAAGCUGCAAAUGUCAUCAUAGGGAAAAGAUCAUUCAAUGCCCAAAAGGGAUCAGAUGCCUACCCCUUUGAUAUUAGUCGUUUGGCUCAACUUUAGAACAACCCAAAAAAAAAAAAAAAUUAUGUUUGGUUGAUAAUUGGCUUACAUUCCUGUCACGUAAUGUUGUUUGUCUUCUCCACUGAUUUUUCUAUUGUCUGUGUGUGAUUUUUUCAAUUGUGGAUCAAAUUGCAAGAUGGAUGUAAUGCAUUAUUGAAAGCCCAAAAAGAAAAGGUUGAUGUAUUUCAUCGAUUAUUAAUCAUAAAUCUUCACUUAUACUA